UAGCCUGAGUAACAAAACUGCUGCUACGGCUUCAAUUAAAAACAAAGCUUCGUUGACAUUGCUCCUGAAUAUGACUGAGAGGUUCGCACAAACACUUCAAGCCGCUUUUCUUUAGGAACGAUAACUACAAUUCCCACAAUCCCCCGCACCCACCAUCCGCACUUUCGAGAACCUCGACGACUCUUCUAACGCGACGCGUAAGUUAGCUAGCGGAGUUCAACCCGUCCAACCCACCACGCAGCUCUCAGUACAUGCCUUGCAAUGCGGGCUGCGUUGGUAGUGAGAUGAUAAGACGUGCGCGGGGCGUUUGGCUGUUUGCUAAUGCGAUUAUUCCAGAUAAAAACAACGUGGACAGACGUCAAAUGAGCUAACAACACAACGCGAAGGGGGUCAGAGCAGCUGCGUGGGUCAGUGUGUUAACACUACGACGUCGCAUGGCUUGUUUACCUAUUCAAAUGUGUGAUUCGGCUAGUGUAUGAAGCGGCCACUGUUUAAAUCACGUUAUAUCAACAGCCCGUUGUACGUGUACCGAUGUAUUGAGGUUAAACCGUUAGUGUUUUGUGGACGCUGUGCCAGCGUGUUCUCCUGCAAACGCGUUCCGACUAUUUGUGCUUCGUGUAACGCGAGGUCGCAGGAAUAACUCGUUGGAUUGGUAUCAAUACUGAUCUUGCAGAUCGGAUACAUGUGCACCUCCUCAAAUCGUAUGACCGACUGGAUCAUCGUGCAUCGUCCUGCUCCCACAAGCAGUGAACGGGGGUAUCUGCCAGCCAUGUAUUCAUUUUCGGGCCCCACAAGCCUUCCAGAAUUUGAACUCGGAUCUGCAAGUACCUCUGGUCACCUACAGAGAGCCACUCUAUCCAACAACAGUUGGGAGACAAGAUCCCUCAGGAAGCACAGGAGGACAGUUGAAGAUGAGGGAUGCACUGCCAAAAGGAGGCGGUUAAUGUUUGAGGCAGAAGUCGGCAUUUCGGAGAACUCGAGCACCGCCACGCGCCGUGACUGGUCCGCUAAUGGCAGCCCUCCUGCGCCUGCUGUUCCAAAGCCCCGUCCUGCACCUCAGCCCUCCUCGGCUCUCCCCCGCCCCGAGGUAGAGAGCUCCUGCAUGGAGGUAGAGGCAGCUCAGAGGAAACUGCAGGAGAUCGAAGACAGAAUAACACUGGAAGAUGACGAUGAGGAUGAAGAUCUGGAUUUAGAGCCAGCCCCGAGGAGGCCUGUGUUGGUGAUGUCUGACAGUUUGAAGGAGGGUCUACAGCGUGGCAUCAGCGACAUCCUACCGCACACAGUAGCCCAGUCUGUGAGCCAUUCCUGUAUGGAGCUGGUGUUGUGGCGACCACCCGACGAUCCCUUCUGUCGCAAGCGAAAGGGCACAGUGCAGAGACAGCGUAAACAGCUGAUAGUAUCUCAGCAACCGCCAACCCCGUGUUCAUCGCCCACCCCUCCCAGCGCCUCCAGUCCUCCUGCAGACCCACAAUCUUCUCCGUAUGUUUUUCCUGUGCCCCACAGCUCUGGCGUGGAGGACAUGGAAAUGUAGUUGUGCUUGAUGAGUUGAAAAGCCAUGCCAAAGUUGAAGACUUGAAAUAUAGUCGCACUAAAGACUAUGAAGGACUCACUCAGAACCAUUUGAGGUGGAGGUCAGUUUGAAAAGGCAUGUUGGCUUUACGUGAAUAUGGUGCUGUUUGGACAGUUUGUGCAGCCCAUUUUCUGCUUCAGUAACUCACUUUAGGUUCUUUGGCCAUAAUUCCACCUAUAUGUAACCUGUUACAAAAAUGUUGACCCAAUUAACCAGUUAAGACAACUAUCACAAUCUCAAGACCUUGAUACCUUCUAUAGACAGCCUUACCUAACCAAUUUUGUACCAAUUAGCAGAAUUUACUAAAGCUAUUCGGUCAAUUGUACAUUAUUUUGGCGACACCUGGCCAACAACAGACUGAUGUAAAUAUGAAGUUUUUUUGGUAAACAUGAGUGCGUAGCAUUUGCGUUUUUUAAUUUUCAGCUUCCGAGCAUCGUUAACAGGAGCCAAAGUCCUGCUCCUGUGUUUUAUGUUCACAUCUGCUCACAGCAUGACUUCCUGCUUGCUGUUGUACUUGUUGUGGUAGAAAGAUUGUCUUUAGUGCUUUGUAAGUACGCCAUCUUUGAGCCAUGAGGAAUUUGUUACGAAGUCACGACAAUGUACCAUUUGAUGAUUUGAUUGUAUUUUCAUAAAUAUCCUACCACUUUGAAACCA